UGAAAACAAACUACAGUGAUGAGUCCUUUUAAGUUAGUUACUGUAUUUGCUUUCGACUUUGUUUUUGGGUUAAUUAACCAGUUGUUUUUGGGUUAAUUAACCAGCUGUGUUAGUUAGCUAGCUAAUAUUUCAUCACGUACGACAUAUGUGUAUUUCCAGUAUUCUGUAAAUACUCAAUUUAGCAAAAGACUGCAGCAGAAUGGGCGACGGAGGCAGCAUCACUCCUCGAAUUGGUACUAUGAAGACGCUGCUUGGACUAAUUGCUGGUGCUGGAGCAUCUUAUGUCAUUUAUAAACUUAUAAGUGGGGGAAGUUUGAGGCGAUACAAGAAAAGUGGACGCCAUGCAGUCGCGGCUUCAAAGGACAAUGACGAUAAUAGCGUGCGGCCAGACAGUCUGUUGGCCAAAGUGUCCGGACUGGAAGUUGUAUGUCCCCCAAAGAGUGAUGAUUCGUAUGACCUCAUCCAACAGUCUGCAGGUGACCUGGAACCACACCACCUGAAAUUGCUGCUGACAAGCCUAAAAAACAGCAAUAGCACACCAUGCAAAUGUCGUCUAUUGGUGACUUUAGGAAACGCCGCAGCGUUUACAGUCAAUCAGAAUGUUAUACGUGAAUGUGACGGGAUUGCUGUCAUAGGUGGCUUCCUCUCUGACUCUGCGCAAGAGGUUAAAGUGCAGGCUUUGAAUGUUUUAAACAAUCUGUGUGUGAACACACAAAACCAGGAGGAACUGAAGGUUUACGUGCCACAAGUGCUGGAGUUGAUUGAGAUGUCGUCGGUGAACUCUGACCUUCAACUGGGUGCUCUCAGGCUGUUAACCAACUUGUCCGUCACGGACAAACAUCAUCACAUGCUCAAAGACUCAGUGACGCUGCUACUCUCACUGCUGGUGGUGGGCAACGCCAGUUUACAGGUUCAGACCUUGAAGGUUUUGGUGAAUUUAUCAUCGAACCCGGACAUAAUGGAUGAUAUCGUUCAGGCUCAGGCUCCUGCUUCCGUCAUGCUGCUAUUCGACGUGCAAACGGCGUCCCCGGUGCUUCUGCGACUACUGACGUUCGCGGGCAACCUUCAGGCUUGGAGGCCUUCGGCGCAGGUGGCCAAGGAACUCAGGCUCAAGCACGACUGCCUCUUCCGGGUCAUGCUGGACGAGUCGUCGGAGCUCAACCGCCGACUGGUCGAUUUGCUGUCGCACCCCGACAGGGAGAUUCAAGGGCAGGUGGCCCGUAUAUUGACGUAGACCCCUCUUGCGCCCAAUAUCUGCACUACUGUUGCCUCGAUACUUAAAACUUUCCAUUUGAUAUUGAAUCUCUACAGAGUGCCUAAAAGGACCAGUGCACCAGGUUGUUUCUCAUGCACACCAGAAACUAUCUGGUAAACAUUAGCGUUAUAUAGCAUUUAAGCUUGCGGACUUUUGCGGUAAAGCUUACUUUUAGUGGUCCCUAAAUAUUGACCAAUCACACCUGUCAUGAAUACGAAUGAAGGCUUAUGACAAUGAGUGUCACUUAGUAAAUUAUGUCAUUUCUGAUGCAAUAUUGAGAUUUUUUCAAAUGUCUUUGGGUUGGGAUUAGAGUUUAGGAACUAAAUUAGGGUUUUGACACUUAAUGACAUCUGUCAUCAGCAUUCAUAGGUGUGCAUGUGAUUGGUCGACAGUUGGGGACCACUAAAAGUAAGCUUUACCGACUUUUGCUAUGCAAGUUGGCCAAUUGUUGUAAACAUUAGCAUUAUAUAGCAUUUAAGCUAGCGGACUUUUGCCAUGCAAGUUAGCCAAUUGUUCUAAACAUUAGCAUUAUAUAGCAUUUAAGCUAGCGGACUUUUGCUACCCAAGUUAGCCAAUUGUUCUCAACAUUAGCACUAUAUGGCGUCUAAGCUAGUGGAAUUUUGCUAUGCAAGUUAGCCAAUUGUUGUACACAUUAGCAUUAUUUAGCAUUUAAGCUAGUGGACUUUUGCUAUGCAAGUUAGGCAUUUGUUGUAAACAUUAGCACUAUAUAGCUUAAAUGCUAUAUAAAAUAUAAUAUUUAGCUUGCUAUAUAAUGCUAAUGUUUACCAGAUUGUUCCUGGUGCGCACUAGAUUGCUUAAAUUUAUUUUUCUUCUGUUGAUGUCCCCGUUGAAUCACCUGUUCCAAGAACAUGACUCCCCUCUAGUGGAUAAACACGUUUUCAGCCAUGAAACUAAAACUCGCUCUGCUUUUCCGUGGUCUAUCGGUGCCAAAUAAAAACUAAGAGUUUGAAAUCCGCACUUUUAUUUUUGACAGCAGCGCUCUAUCUAUUUUUUACAGUGCUUUAAAGGCGUCGAAAAGAAUACUUAAGUAAUGGAGUAACAUUGUGAGUUACUGCUUACAAUGUCAGAUUUUUUUUUUUUAAUGGUAUAAUUUUUUUCUCAGCACAUCUUCGUCUAUAUGAACUCUGAUUAUACUGUUCUAUACCCAGUGUUGACAGUAACGCGUUACUAAGUAACUCAGGUUUACAGAAAUUCUAAAUAUCCGUCUUGCCUCCACAGGUGUAGUUUUGGCUAAGCAAAGCAAAAUAUCUGCUCGAAAAAUGAUUUUGAUCCAUUAUGAAAUACGUUGUGGGAUUCUUGUUCAUUUCAUUAAUUUUUGUUGUUUGUUUUAUUGCUUUACAACUUUUAUAGACAAUAUUUUAACAGCUAUUCAGCUAUCUUUAUUUUAAAAGGGAAGUUCAGAAUUUUUGACAUUAGGCUUUAUCUUGGAGUUAGUGGGGGUUUAUUUAGUCGUUGGAUUUGAUUUGAACAAAUUCCGUGCAGUUUGUCAGUUAUUUGUUAGUUUCAGACCUGCGGAGUGGCUAAGCUAGCGCGAGUCAAUGGUGGUUGAAAUCAACUCCAUCGACUAAUUAAACCCCCGCUAACUCAAAGAUUAAGCCUCAUGUGAAAAAUUCAAUUGCAUGUGAUUUUUGUGUUGAGGCGGCAAAAGGAGAAACAGUGGUAAAAAGUAAUUGAUAAGUUACUUUUAAAGUAACUUAAUUACUUUGAUAAUAAAGUAAUCAGUAACGAGAUUACUUUUUUGAGGUGUAAUCAGUAAUCAGUAAUUAAAUUACUUUUUUAAGUAAUCUGUGACAACACUGUCUAUAACCUAUUACAUGACCAUAUAAGGCCAUAAAGAUGACACAAAAAUAAUUGAAUUCGGACCAAAACAACACAAUGAAAUUUCCUCCGUCUAAAGAGCUUGAGUGCCUUCUAGUGGCGAAAAAACAUUAUUACCUCUGAUUGGCUGAGACGGCCACUGUCGGCAUCUCUGGCAAAAAUAAAGUCAGUAUGUAGCAUAAAGAGGGAAAAUGUAACGACUCUACUAUAGCCCAAAGCAGUGGAGGAAGAGUACUGUUUCACCUUCACAAAUCUACUCAAGUAAAAGUAAAAAGCAUUGAGUGGUAAAGGUCAAAGAAGUAAAUUUUCCUCAAAAGUUACUCAAGUAAAUGUAACGGAGUAAAUGUGUGAAAUAUGUUACGAGUCUUACGACCCACCUCUGCUUAUAUGUAAACUAAUUGCUUGGUCAGACACUACUUAACAACCUUUGUGCCUACCUAGCUUGGGUGACAAUAAAUGUACUUUUCUAAAAUUUAAGACUUAAAAUGUCAUCAAAUGCCAAAAUCUAAAUAUUUUUAAAACGUUUUUUUUUUUUUUUUUUUUUAAUAUAAUGUUGUUCAAUGUGGCAUCAAGCCUGAUACUCAUAUUAACCCCACAGUCAGUGCCAUUAUACCACCUUGGUAAAUUAGCUUAGCUCUUGUGCUAAUCACUUAGGCUAGCAGAGCACCCAAGUUUGCUAGCCUGCUUUUUCCAGUUUUCCCUCCUUCUGAGAAAGUUAAAAUCUUUAUAGACGCUAAUGUCAGUGUGUAAAAAAAAAUUUUUUUUAAUCAAAUCCUAGCUGGUAUUACCGUUGACUAUGUACAUUUAUCAACUACACGAAGUAGCUGUAGGCCGAUACUAGGAGUGCAACGGUUUGCAGUUCAAAGCCGAACUAUACGGUUCGCCCUGUACGGUUCAAUACGCCUUUAUGAACCGCGCCUUUUCGAUUUUGCAAUUAAUUUAUUCCGAACGCUUGUGGAAUGAAUUGAUCGAGCUCUGUGUGCGACGUGAAGCACAGCUGUGGAGAAAUUCCCGCCCCGCCGCAAGUAAAUGUCCGAUGGCUGUCAAGCACCUGUGUAAUAGAAGCCGAGUAACGCCCUCUCUCGCUUACAAUCGAAGUGAAAGUGAAACAAGAAAGAAAACAAAAAGCUAUGGCGAGCGGAGGAGUGGAGAGACCGAAUUUUGAGGAAGCACUGGCUUCUUUCAAAUCUGCAGUGUGGCAACAUUUUGGUUUCCCCGUGGACUACAAUGCGGUGGGAGAGAAAAUAGGAGGGAGAGAAAAUAUUGCAAAAAAAACAAAACAAUUAGCAAGCAUUGCUAAGCGCUUGUUCCCUAUGCUAAUGGCAACACAUAUAACAUGACUCCGGCAACUCAGCCGGCAUCACUCACAAAUAUCACUUUCUCAGAGCAGCACAACCCCAGAGAUGACACCAGUGAAAACACAUGGCGGGCUUUGUUAAUUUAUUUGCAACGCUUGACCCGCGUUACAUUGUUCCCUCGCGGACAUAUUUCUCCAACAACGUAUUCCCCUACAUUUAUGAAAUGGCACGCAAAGCUAUCGAAGAUGACUUCGCUAAUGCACAUAGUUUCGCCGUGACCACUGAUAGUUGGACGUCCCGUGCUACAGAGUGCUACUACCUAACAAAGACGGUCCACUAUAAUUCAUACCUGUCAAGUUGUACGGUCUCGGCGUAGUUUGUACAAGUGAGCACUGAUUUUUAAAUGUGUACGGCGUACGUCACGUUCAAAUUCUGUACGUUUUUCGUGCAUUACGUUUUUUUUCCUCUGUUCGUUAAUACGUUGGUUGAAUGACGCGAGAAAAGUCAGAGGCACGGAGAGGGAAGAGUGUUUGUUGUGACGCUGUAGCAAACACGAUGCUAGGCUAGGUGGCUUCAAUAUUUCCUGACUGUAGCCGACAGCCUACAACCUACGCCUAGAUAUCUCAUGCAUAUAGAACUACAUUGCCUUGCAAAAGUAUUCAGCCUCCUUGAAUCUUGCAA